AUGGCCACCACCAUGGACAGGGACAGGGACAUGGACAGCCAGCUGCCCACCGAGAUCAACGUCGUCAGCCUCAACUGCUGGGGCCUCAAGUUCAUCUCCAAGCUGCGCAACGAGCGCCUCGCCGAGAUCGGCCGCCGCCUCGCCGCCGCCGACCCGGCGCCCCAGAUCGUCGGCCUGCAGGAGUGCUGGUGCCAGGACGACUACCUCGCCAUCCGCCGCCAGACCGCCCACAUCCUGCCCCACGGCAAGUUCUACUACGCCGGGGCCUUCGGCGCCGGGCUCGCCAUCCUCUCGCGCUGGCCCAUCGAGGAGUCCACCAUGUUCCGGUACCCGCUCAACGGGCGGCCCACGGCCUUCUGGCGCGGCGACUGGUUCGUCGGCAAGGGCGUCGCCGUCGCCAAGAUCCGCUACGGGCCCGGCCCGGAGCACGUCGUCGAGGUCUUCAACACGCACACCCACGCCCCCUACGAGGAGGGCCGGCGCGUCGACACCUACUUCUGCCACCGCCUCGCCCAGUCCUGGGAGUUCGCCAAGCUCAUGCGCGCCGCCGCCUCGGCGCGCGGCCACCUCGCCGUCGGGCUCGGCGACUUCAACACCCCGCCGGCCCUGCUGACCUACCGCCUCCUCGUCGCCGGCGCCCCGGGCGACCCGGCCACGGCCCGCGACGCCUGGCGCGUCCUGCACCCGGACUCGUCCCUGGGCGCCUACGCCCACCACGCCGCCGAGCGCGCCCGCGGCCGGCCCCUGCCUACCGCGCACUACAACCUCGUCGAGAACGGCGCCACGUCCGACUCGGCCUACAACACCUGGCGCUGGUCCCGCGCCCGGCAGCGGCAGCUCGGCCGCCCCCGCACCGCCGCCGCCGGCGUGAGCAGCCGGCACGAGGUCGCGCCCGAGGACCCCUGCCCCAACGGCAAGCGCCUCGACCACGUCUUCGUCGCCGGCGACACGGCCUCGUGGGCCGUCGCCGACGCCCGCGUCGGCAUGGUCGAGCCGCACCCGACCCUCGAGUGCUCCGUCUCGGACCACUUCUCCAUGGAGGUCCGCCUCGUCGCCACCAGGCCCCCGACGUCUUCCCACAACAACAACAACAACAGACAGGGACCGACGACGACGUCGGCGUCGGCGGGCUCCGGGUCCGCCGGCGGCGCCGCCAUCAAGACGCCCGAGGAGGAGGAGGAGGAGCUCGUGCACCGCGGCACGUACCUCAAGUCCCCCGAGGGCAGCCUGCACAGCCGCGGCGGCGACGGCGCCUCGAGCUACACCGCGCGGCAGGGGCAGGGGCAGGGGCAGCAGCAGCACGAGGUGCGGCUCGAGGGGGAGCUGACGGCCGACGAGUACGACACGAUCCUCGAGGAGAUACGGUGGUACGCCGAGCGCGAGGUGCGGCAGAGGAGGUGGCGCAGGAUACACUUCUUCGCCUGGGUCGCGGCGCUGCUGGCCUCCCUCGUCGGCGUGUGGUGGAGCCCGCACAACUACGUGGCCUUUAUAUUGCUGCUCGUGUGCAGCCUGGGUCUCGUGGCCGGCACGAUCGACGGCCUCAUCUCUCUCUUGUUCAUCGGAUCCGAGAUGCGGGCGCUCCAAGAGUUCGCAUGGGAAGUGUCCAAUGCCCGGGCGGCUUUGACGGGAGAGCAACACUUCGAGGAGGGCACGAGGGAAAAGGGCUGGUAG